AGUACCGCGACGUCUUCCCCCCGUAUUUCUCAUACAGCGGGAUUCCCCGAUGCGCGGUGUCGAGCAUUCUAUCCAGCUCGUGCCUGACUAUCAUGUUCACCAUCAGACACCAUACCGACUCUCGAUUCCAGAGGCGACGGAACUCAAGCGUCAGCUUGAGGAGCUCCGUCGACUUGGUUUCAUUAAACCUAGUAACUCCCCUUGGGGUGCACCUGUCCUCUUUGCUCGCAAAGCGGACGGAACUCUCUGCCUCUGCAUCGAUUAUUGCGGCCUUAACCGUUACACGGUUAAGAACAGCUAUCCCAUGCCCCGCGCGGAUGAGUUGUUUGACCGUCUAGCAGGCAACCGCUUCUUCACGAAGAUCGAUCUUCGUAGCGGUUACCACCAGAUCCGUGUUGCCGCAGAGGACCAGCCGAAGACCGUCUUUCGGUCGCGCUUCGGCCACUACGAGUUCACGGUGAUGCCAUUCGGCCUCACCAAUGCACCCGCCACCUUCCAGACGGCGAUGAACGACAUCUUCAAGGACAUCCUUGAAGAAUACAUUCUCGUAUACCUGGACGACAUCCUGGUCUACAGUCGUACCUUAGAAUACCAUAUCAGACACCUCCGCGAUGUCCUACAGCGCUUACGCAAGCAUGGCUUCUAUGCCAAGCUCAGUAAGUGUCGCUUUGCCCAGCGCAAAGUGGACUUCCUAGGACACCAUGUGUCUGACCAGGGUCUCCACAUGGACGACGCGAAGAUCACUGCUAUUGCAGAGUGGCCCGUCCCCACAUCUGCCAAGCAGCUUCGCAGCUUUCUAGGCCUCACCAGCUACUAUAGUAAUUUUAUCCAGGGAUACGCUAGGUAUUCCUAUGUCCUUACCUCCACCCUCCUCCGGAAGAACCCGCCGUGGUUUUGGACACCCCUCUGCGAGGACGCCUUCCGCGCCCUCAAGAAGGCGGUGACUUCCGCGCCGGUUCUUCGCCUUCCCGAUUUUGAUCGUCCCUUUAUCGUCACCACCGAUGCGUCAGAUUUUGCAGUAGGAGCUGUCCUUUCUCAGGUGUUUCCCUCUCCUCCAGAUUCACCUUACCCCCAUGUUCCUCCUUUUCCCCCCCCUCCUGCUGACACUGCUUCUCGACUGACGCCUAUCCUACCACCACUUCCCUCCACUGACAGUCCUCCCAUUACUUACUCCCCGACCAUCGCAGAGGAUGGGACUGUCAAGGCUCGUGCUGGGGAUUGCCCGAUCGCUUUCUACUCCCGUCAGCUACUACCUGUCGAGAUAAACUACACUGCCGAUGAACGUGAGUGGCGUGACUUAUCCGAGUUCAGUUUCACCACUCAGCCCAUCAAGGGUGAAACGAACCGCGUCGUCGAUGCCUUGUCCCGCCGUCCUGAUCACAAUCAGGAACCCAUCCAUCUUGCGGCCAUCUCCAUCACCAGUGUUGAUCAGUCGGUGAUCGACGCGUAUCGCACUCAGUACUGCCACUGCCCCGAUUAUCGCGUCAUCCACGCGACACUGCGGAGUGGCAAGAUCGUUCCUUCCUACUCCCUCGGGGAGAACGGCCUCGUGUACUGGCAUGGCAAAUCUGGUCAGCUAGAACUACGUAUCUGCGUUCCCUCCACCGGACAGCUCCGCGUCCAGGCUGUAGUAGAGUUCCAUGACCAGGCAGCUGCCGGUCAUAUGGGUUUCCACAAGAUGUUGGCUCGUGUUUGCCGCCUAUGCGUCUGGCCGAAGUCCAAGGACUUUGUCAAAGCCUACAUCCAGGAGUGUCCUACCUGCCAGGAGGUGAACAGUGUGAACCACCUUCCGUAUGGGUUACUUCAGCCCCUACCCAUACCUGAAGGUCGUUGGCAGUCUAUCUCGAUGGAUUUCAUUGGUCCCCUCCGCCCACCCACUCAGCGCGGUCAUGAUGCUAUCUUGGUCGUCGUCGAUCGCUUCACGAAACGUGCACGUUUUGUUCCGUGCCGCUAUCGCAUUAGCGCUCGUGAGGUCGCCGACAUCGUCUUCGACUGAGUCGUGAGAGAUCACGGCUUACCUCAGAGCAUCAUCUCCGACCGUGACCCGCGCUUUACCAGCACAUUCUGGCGACGCCUACACGAGG